AGCUGGGGCCUCCUGCCGAACACCCUCACCUCCCCUUGUGCUGAACAGACGAGCUUCGUGCAGGCCUCUGUGGUGUUUUUAGCAGGUGUUAGGAUGGUUAGAUGUGAGCAGCGUGGCACAGUCUGCAGCUGUUCCUUCGGCUGGAGUCAUUUGGGUCUUCUUAACACCCUACUCGUCAAUGAUCUCUGACUGUUACCUACGGCGUGCUCUUACAGCACUUCUGGGGAAAAUAACUGAAAAAGUUCAGAGGCAGCUUUCUCUCCUAAGACAUAGGAGUGAAUCUGUAUUUUUGAUGUUUGAAAAAUUUCUACUACUUUGAAACGGAUUGUUUGAAAUGCAGAGACUUAAAGCCAGAAUUAUCCAGGGCUUAGGAAAGACCUUUAAUUCGGAUAAAAACAAUUGAAAUACAGAGUAGAUGCUGAACUAAAAGCAAAAUUAAAGUAUUGCUGGAAUUUUUGGAAAGGAUUUUCAUUUUGGAGCAGUUACUGACUGACUGUAAAAUCAGAUGGCCAAGCUGGCAGCUGUGUGUUCUGGACUGCCAUGUCUGUCUCUCACUGUACAUGCAGCCUCAGGAAAGGAAUCGACAGCCCAGCUGGUGAAACCAAGUCAGUAAACUCAGGCCUUACUUUCCAGCUUCCAAUUUACUGUUCACCACCUGUGGAAUCUAAAUACAUUGAGGAACAACCUGGCCGUUUGCAGAAGGGUUUUUGUUCAGUAAGAAAGACAACCAGCCGCUACCUCGGGUGGUGCAAGAAUGCUUUCGUCGUUGUUAAAAACGGAAUAAUGGAUUCAAUUCAGUUUGGAAAAGAUGCUUAUGUUUACCUCAAGAAUCCGCCACCAGAAUUUCUUCCCAAAGCCGGAGUAAUUACAAUAUCAGGCCUAGCUGGCAUAGCACUGUCACGGAAAGAUUCUAGGUUUAAGAAGAUUGCUUAUCCAUUUGGGCUUACUGCUUUAGGAAUUUCAGUUUGUUACCCAGCUCAGUCAAUAGUAAUUGCUAAGGUAACAGGGAAAAGGGUGUACUCUGCAAGCCAGCACACCUACGAAGCAGUGCGAUCGCUGUGGGUGAAGAAGGAAGAUGCCACGAAGCUGCAGCAAGGGUCAAAAUCACUUAAACAAGAAGAUGAGAAAAAGAAAGAAAUUUCUAGUGCAUCAGCUGAAUCUGCUGUGAAGUCAAGAUCGUUUAACAGACCAGAAUCUUCUCCUGCAGACUCUUCACAUGCUAAAGAUGCAGUGUCUUCCUUAGGGGAAUUCAAAGUUCCCAAUUUCAUCUCAGGGACAGUGAAGACGACAAAAUUUAAACCUGACCCAGAACUUAUGGACCACGGUCAAUCCAACCCUGAAGACGUGGAUAUGUACAGUACUAGGAGCUAAGACAUCUGCUUACAAAUCAUUGCAAAGAAUUAAAGAUAAGGGGGAGGGGCAAGGGAAGGAGUAGUCCUUGUGAUACAUGCCCUGUGAGAUAUGAUUUAAUCAGGUAUUUUCUUAUCUCAAUUUGUACUAUUGAUUUAUGGGACUUUAGUGUGCUUUUCACUACUUAGAAGCGUUUAACAGACAUACCUGUUGUGUAUGAACUGUAACUGCCUACUGAGAGGUAAUGAGGAUUCACUUAUUGUCUGUGUCAUUAGUGAGACACUGAGAAAAGGAGAUUUGUCAGUGUCCUCACAGUGACAUUUGUCUGUGCCAAGAUUAUUAAUAAAUGUCACUUCACAAAGGAAGUAAAAUUAAAUACAUCUCUAUACUUCUCAGAUGUUCACUGAUAAAAAAUAGCAAUCUGAAUGAUGGGGCUGGUGAAGGCUUCUGGUUUCAGUCUGCUUUCAGCUCUGGAAUAAACACUGUUGUGGUAUUUGUCCUCUGCCCAAGUAUCACAACUGAAGCAUAGCCUAUAAAAGAAGUUUAUUUCUCAACUACUUCUAGUACUUGGAAGAAGUAUUUGCAAAUUACCUAAUCCAUGAAACUGAUACUGUUUGAAUUUACAUGGAGUGCAUUAGCCGUAUGUAGAAAGUUGGAAACCUUCUGUGGUUUGGAUGUUAAAAAUAGGAACUUAUUAAAAAGUUAAAGGUGCAGACAAGUAUUACAGAAGUGCAGCAGUAGCAAUAGGCAGCAAACUUCCUGGUUCCCAGAAGUUUGUAUGCAAUACCCGUUGAUCUUGGUAGGUUUUUUGUGAAAUUGUGCCUUUCUUUCUAAGAAAAACACUAGAAAUUGGCACAGUUUCCUAUGAUUAAAUUUUCAAACAUUGUUUUUUGACUGCAUAUGUCAAUCUAAUUAUGUUCAUCCUUCGUUUCUAUUUAACACAGCCUUAUAAGGGUUCGUGAUACAUCUGAUGAUCUUGUCUGAGGAAGCACAGCUAAUUAUCGCUAUACAAUAAUAAUCACUCUGCCGUCUAGGAGUAGUCACAUUUGUAUCAACUGCAGUAUUUUCCUAAUACGUAAACUGCAGAAGGACGGUGCAGUGAUAAUUUCUCCUUCAAUCAGUUGAAUUGUCUCAUCUUUCAAUUAAUGGAAUAUAUGUACCGUGCCAAUGGCUUUCGUGGUGUGGCUGGCAGAAGUUGUUAGAACGUGUGGCACAGUUGCACGUGCCCGAAGCAUCAGUGAUGACUGGCUGAGAAAAGCACAAGUGAGGCUCAGAAUAGUUCAGGAACAGACUGUAAAUAUUCUGGAAGCCACGUACUGGGCAAAGUGCUGCACCUAUGCAGAGUCCAACGGAAGGUGAAAUAAGUAAAUAAUGAAGUUUAAUGAAGAGCUGUACUUUGAGUUGACUUAAGCUUGCUAAGGGUGGCUCAACUAGAACUGAAUAUGUUUUGUUUCUUUAAUCAAUUCUCAAGGCCUAGCAACAGUCUCGAUUCAGGCAGCAAUUAGAGGAUUUUAAAUGAAAAUUGCCAGAAUUCCUGGGCAAGCCAGAGUUUGUAUGCCAUCACAGAAAGAGGAGAGGAGAAAAUAGAUGGCUGGGCUUCAUAUGCCAGAUCCAGGGAGACGCAGGAAGACGUAAGGGUGCAGAGAUGAAGAUGGAGAAGAAAACAUCAUUUUCAAACGCAAGACUGGAUGGCAGAAAUUACAUUAUCCAUUACCAUAUCUUGCCCUUUGGCCAAAUAAAAAAAAUACAGGAAAAAAACUUCUGCUCUACUCCUAGAUUCUGUUUAAGUUCUCGCUGAGGUCCUUUGAUGCUGUGCGACCACAAGGCUACGGAAAAAGGUAAGAUAAUGCAAGUAACUUGUAGGAGUUGCCUGUGGUGACCUAGUCCUGCACUGUGCCCUGAAUAACACAGAGGAAUCGCUCCUCUACGAGCAGGAAAAGAACUGUGGAUAGGGAAGGCCUGGGGACCCUUUCCAUGCUGAGAGCAGACCCUGAAAGCUGCUCUCUGCCUGCAAUGCAAAAAAACUGUCUGGUCAUUUCCAUGUUUUUAGGGCAUUUUUGCUCAUAUAUCC